AAACAAAAGGCACACCCCAAAGGAAACGAAUAAUCUUACAAGACAUGUCUCCUCCACAACCAAAAGUAUAUGUAGUAAAGUUAAUAAUAAAAGAAAGACCGUUUCUCAUAUAAAAACCAUUAUGAUCUGAUCAAAGCCUUACAAGAUCCAUCAAUCAAUUAUCUACUCUGAGCUUCGAUCAUAUAAUCAAAAGAAGGAAACAUUAUUAGUGAGAAAGAAAGCUCUUGGAAUAUAAACAUAUAAUAACAGAUGGAUGGUUCAGGUCCAAGAGAAGGAGGAGGAGGAGUUAUGAAGCCUGUGAUUCUGAAAGUUGGUGUUGCUCUUGUACUAUCAGCAACUGGCUUGAUCUUGGCCAGGUUCGUGUCUCGAAAAGAAGAUAACGAGGUGACUUCUUCCGCAAGCAAUCCAGAGUCAACUUCAUCAUCUAGCAGAAGAAACGAUGGAGAAGAAGAAGAAGAACAUACAGAGAGCCUGGGUGAUCAACAACAGCAAGAGAUUCUAGGGUUGAGAUCCAGACUCGAGGAGCUUCAAAGGAAGGAAUACGAGAUGGAGUUGCGUUUCGAACGUUAUAGUAAUAUGAAGGAACAAGAAGUCAUGCUUAUGGAGCAUAAAAGCAUGUUGAGCCUUGAGAAAGCUCAGUUAGAUUUCUACCGUAGAGAACUUUCGGCGAUGGAGGAAGAACACAAGAGGGGCCAAAAUUUGGUGAUUGUGUUUCUCAAACUGGUGGGAGAAAUCAAAGAGUUGAGAUCAGAGAAUUGGUUUCUUGAGGAGCAAGCAAAGAAGCUUAGGAGAGGAGGGAAGCAGUUAUACCGUCUUGUAAACGAGAAGAGCAGGAGAAGCAUUGCCGUGGAGAAAGAGCUAUUGAAGUGUGUUGAUGAAUUGGAGAUGAAGAACAGCAUUGUGAAGGAGCUUGAAGGUGAAGUGAAAGAUCUAAAAGCUAGGGUUGAUGUGUUGCAAGAGGAGAAGAAAGAAGUGUCCUUGAAGUCAGUGGAGAUGGUGAGUGAAGAAGAUUAUAGAAGGGUGUUAGAAGAGUGUGAGGAUUUGAAGAAGGAUGUUGCUAAUGGAGUGAAGGAAGUGAUUAACCUGAGAUGGAGCAAUGCUUGUUUGAGGCACAAGGUGAUGAGAAAUGAAACCAGUCAUGAGGAAGUAGCAUUUUCUCCAAAUAGAAACUUGCAAGAGUACUUGGAAAUGGAGGAACAAGCAGAGGCUCUUCCAUUGACAGUAGUAGCUGAUCAUGAGCAUCAUGAAGAGAAUAACCAUCAUGAUGAUGAUGAUCAUCAUGAGCAUCAUACCGAAACUUCGAGGAGGAAGAGGCUGAUGAAGAAGCUAAAGAGAUGGGUUGAAGGAAAUGAGAAGGGAAGAUCAACAAAGCAAGAGGAAAGAUGUUUUGGAAGACACUCUUUGAAGGUGGAGCCUGAGGAUGAACAAAUGUUUCACUCAAGAAGAUCUUGUUCUAGUGUGUAAAUGAAACAGUCUCUUGCUUAACAAGAAUAGCUUUCAGUGUCAUGAAAAUUGAUUUAUGCAAUGUAUCCAAGAACUGAAAUAAAAAGCCUAUAUAUUAAAUAUGAAAAUAAAACAAACCAAGGUUUUACAGAA